CCAAAUCUUUGACAGCACUUCCUGGAGUGGUGUUUGUUGUGGGAAAUAGUCACAGUGGUGAUGAACUGGGGAUUUAGGCCACACUAACAGCAGGAAAUACGGCGCAAACUACUACGCUCUCCCACCUCCAGGCAUGUGGUCGUGGCAGCUUUCGAUCGGUAUCAGAUAAAGACAGAAGACGUGACGACUGAGACUGAGGAAGGACGAGGUGGAAAAAUUCUCCUACAGACCUCAAAGCAGCAGAGCCGCCGACAGCAGGGAGCUGUCGCGAUGUUGUAACUAAACCAUGGACAGCAGGAUAAAGGAGAAACCAGAAAGAACAUUUGAUGUGGUGGUACAGGUGGCUUGUCCAGCAUCUGAAAAUGAGGAUCCAACCGUGCUGUGGAGCUUCCCCCAGGACCACACAGACCAGGAGGUCCUUCAGACGAUACCAAAGUUCUGCUUUCCCUUUGACGUGGAAAGGGUUUCCCAGAGUCAGGUGGGGCAGAAUUUCACCUUUGUGCUUACGGACAUUGACAGCAAGCAGAGGUUUGGUUUUUGUCGACUCACCCAAGGCUGCCGGGUCUGCAUAUGUCUCCUCAGUUAUCUACCAUGGUUUGAAAUCUACUACAAGCUGCUAAAUACCCUGGCAGACUACCUAACAAAACAACAGGAAAAUGACUUGAAUGACAUGCUAAAUUCUCUCUAUGAUCUGCCUGUGCCAAAGCGCUUCACGCCAGUCAACUUAAGUGUGAAUGAGCAGUUGUAUAUUGCCACUGGGCAAGUACUGAGAGAUCGGCGAAGCAAGGAGCUGCACUCCUACUUCAUCGCCCCGGAUAUCAAUGGACUGCCAACUAUCCCUGAGAGUCGGAACCUGACAGAGUAUUUUGUGGCUGUGGAUAUCAACAACAUGCUCCAACUCUACGCCAGUAUGCUGCACGAACGUCGCAUCAUCAUUACCUCAAGCAAGCUUAGCACUUUAACUGCAUGUGUCCACGGUGCGGCUGCUUUGCUCUUUCCAAUGUACUGGCAACACAUCUUCAUCCCUGUGCUGCCCCCGCAUCUUCUGGACUACUGCUGUGCCCCCAUGCCAUACUUUGUGGGAGUCCACCUUAGUCUGCUGGAGAGAGUACGCAGUCGAUCACUGGAGGAUGUGGUCAUCCUGAAUGUGGACACAAACACCCUGGAAAGUCCUUUUGAUGACCUGCAUAACCUGCCCAGUGAUGUGAUGUCCUCUCUGAAGAGCAAGCUGAAGAAGCAGUCAACAGCAACAGGAAGCGGCGUGGCGAGGGCCUUCCUGAGAGCGCAGGCCGCUCUCUUUGGAUCCUACCGAGAUGCCCUCAGAUAUAAGCCUGGAGAGCCAAUCACAUUUUGUGAAGAGAGCUUUGUGAACCAUCGCUCAAGCACAAUGAAGAGCUUCCUGUCCAUGGCUGUCAACCUGCAGCUUUUUAAACAGUUCAUCGACGGACGACUGGCCAAAUUGAAUGCAGGCCGCGGCUUCACCGACGUGUUUGAAGAAGAGAUCACAGAGGGGGGCUUCUGUGGAAGUAACUCAAGGUCCUACCAGCAAUGGAUGCACACUGUGAAGAGAGGAGGAGCGCUCUUCAACACGGCUGUGUCAAAGGCCAAGGUUCACGCCAAGAGGGGCAUUCGGGAUAUUAAGGGCAGACUUAAAGCGAGGGAAGAAGAAGAAGAGGGGAUGACGGUCUGCGCAGGGUCUCCUACCAGCACCAAGAGCCUGUCUCCAAGGAGACUGCAGAAGAUGAGACGGCAGCAUAACUUCAGCAAGUCUCCCAUGAGUAUGGGCCCUCGAGACUAUGGGCUUGAUGAUGACGAGCUGGACACUGCCAGCAAGAUCUCCUCUGAGGACAGUGGGGAUGUUCCUUCUUACACCGAGGACAGUGAUGAUUCCCUGGAGCUGGACCUUGACUCCUCGCACUCAGGUCAGAUGAACCUGCUGGAGGAAAUCUUGGAUUCUCUGACCACCACAACAAUGGAUCAAGGAAGACUCAGCGCGGCAAAGAGCUUGGACUUCUUCAUGUCUAUGGAGGAUUUAGACUACAAGACCACGCCUUCACUUUGUAGCGAGUCCAGACCUGGAGAUGAAGGUAGCUGUGGUGUAGGAGGGGAUCAAAGUGGAUGGAACAUGGGCCAGGAUGACAGCGCAGUCCACGGAAAGCACCUUCCACCAUCUCCACGCAGACAACCCAACAAAAGCAGCAUGAAAGUGUCAAAAAACCUUCCAAAAGCUCUUGUCAAGCCCACCAUCAUAACUACAUCCCCUGCCCAGGAGGCUGACAUGUCACACCCUCGUCAGUCCUCGUCUUCCAAGUCAGGCCCUGAUCCUCACCCAGUACCUCCAGUGCGACAGCCAGGAGACCGCUUCUCCUACUCACCCCCUCUGUCCCAUAAAGUUACACCCAUGCUGUCAUCUCCCUCUCUCUCUCACACCUACAGUAGUAAAGCCACAGGUUCUCCCCCAAGUUAUUCUCCUGUACCAGUGGGCCGGUCACGGACCAUCUCAGACCCUCAGAGCCCCUCUGAGCCUUCUCAGGCUCAGAAUCAGACUGCAUCCACUGGCAUCCUUAGGAGGAAGGUGCUGUCCAAAGAGACAGUGAGAUACUACCAAGAGAAGUCCCUCGGCAGGCAAGGUAGCAAGGGUCCCCUUGAGGGAAAUAGGAGCUCUUCCAGGAACAGCCAGGCAACUGUACAGGUCCCCUGGGAGAAAGAGGUUUCCAAGGAGGGGCUCCUAGGGCUUGGCCUGUGUCUGGGUCAGGGUAAAGUCCCGGGGUCAGCUGUGGGGCAGGAUCCGGGCCUCCUCGAGGAGAUCGAGUCCAUGUGUUGCCUCGGCCCAGUCCUCCACAGCAGCCUGCAGCUCUCACAAGUCCACUGCAAUAACAGUCACCACCAGGUCCAGGGCAAAGCCACAGAUGAGUCCUGAAAAAGAGGCUUGUAACGUGCUACAAGUUCUACUCUUCUAUUACAGCUUUCAGCUCUCUCAGAGAACAUGGUCUGCUCUGACCUUUUUUUUUAUCUGAGCGCUCGCUGAUGAGAAAAAAUUAUUGUCUUACUUGAUAAAAGCCCAGACAGACAAAUAUUUAGAGAGAAGGAAGAGGUGAAAGUGCACUGCAGAAUUCUCCAUCUGUCACCCAUCAACUAAUUUACAUUAUACUACAGCAGCAAUUUUCUAAACCUCUAGGGGGGGGGAAACAAAACAGUUCCUUUUAUUGAAUUGGAUGUUCUGCUGAAGUGACUUUUUUUAAAUUUGUAAAACAAGUCAUUGUUCUACCAAAACAGGAGCUGUGUGGAGAUUUGCCAUUAUAAUCUAUCUGGUCAAGAGUUUGUAAAAGCUACCAGUUUAAUGGAAAGUUGGAUGACAGACAAAAGAAGAAUCCAUUAAAUGAUGGUACAAAUCAGAUCACUGGCAAUGAAUGAAAAGGAGAGCUCCAGCAUUAGCAUUUAUGGAGAGGACUUUUUUUUUUUAUUUAUCUGUGAUUGCAAUGAUCCAAAUCUCCAAACUGAAGCUGUAAAUUAUAAAUAUAUUCUUGUUUUGGCUUGUUUUGUUUGUUUGUUUUUGCUGUACAGCUUCAUAAAAUUUUUCCACAUUUUAAAAGUCACAACUCAAAUACAUACUUGAUUAGAUGGAGACUUUUGCAUUGCAUUUUCAACUCAGGUAUUUCCAAAUUUGCAUUUCCAUCUGAACAUUUGUGCUCCGAGGGAUUUAGAAAAGUGUCAGUAAUUUUAAGGAUUAAGAAGGGACCACAUUCCAUGACACACAGUGAUGUCAGCCUGUAACUCUCUGGGUUCUGAACAUUUCACAUAAUGAAUUUGCACUUGUGAAUUAACUUGUAAUACUCAGUUGUUACUUUCUGGUACAAAACUUGUGAGCAAAAACAACAACAGCAAGACAGGAUUUUACACACAAAGUCCACACAGGCCUUUGAAACUAAUUCUUCUGUGUACGAUGUAAUGAUUUUAAUCACUUUGCCUUAUAUGGACUUGGUUAUUUUGAUACUCUGGUGUCUUAAUCUGCAGAUACCACAGCAGGUACAUUGUAAUCAGAAUCAGAUUUUAAAUUCAGCAGUGAGCGUUUUCUCAUUGAAUUAAUAAUAGAUUGGUUAAUAUGCAUGAUGUGCUUUAUUCUGCUGGUUUAAUGGUAUUUCACAUUAGAGAUGAGCAUGAAGAGAUCUCUGUCUGUGUCUCCCUCUUCUUUUUAGGUUCCUCAGGACACCUCUGUCAUUCCGAAGAGAAGCAAAUACAGUCAAAAGUUGAAACGAAUGACCUGAAAAAGCCAUUCUCUGUACUUCAUCUCCUUUUCUUUCUCUUUUUCCACCAUGCUCACUCACUGUUUUCCCAGUUCUUUGCCUUUUACUCUCAGUACAUCUGACUUUCGCUCUGGAUGUUGUAACUUGAGGCCAGUUGUUGGUGAGCUUAUGAAGUUAGGCUCAGUGGUGGAAAGGGUGAAAAUUGAAGGAUGAUGAUCCACAAAUCCCAUGAAGUAACCAAAACUAACACUGUUCUGUUCUCAGUUUUCCAUCUCUUUCUGCAUUCAAGCUUCUCCAACCUCUGUUGCACUUUGCCUCAAGCAUGUUUGCUCCUGCUGAAGAUCUUAACUUUUAAAAUAGGUCACAAAUAACAGGGAAAAUAGUGUUUGUUGCACACUAUUUUCAAGAUAAGUUUGGUUUUGUUCUCUUCAUAGAACUUGUUGACAAAAAAAAAUGUACAACACUGGAAUCAUCACGAAACUUGCCUUUAUUGUUUUUGUCUUCUUUUUUUUCCUUUUCUGUCUCUCAUGAUGAAAUGCAACUUUUGUCCGACUAGAUCAGUCAGGCGGUGUAAUGUAAUUCAGUGGUUGAUGAUUGUACUGUAAUGAAGCAAUAUACUGUAGUUCUCCUCAGUGUAGCUACAAGGAUGUAAUGUGUACAGGGUCUCAAUUACUUCUAUAACGGACACUCCUGUGGAGAGGAGUGCCACAUCCAGAGACUGUGGCUUCCCAUCAUUCUCUGCAUCAAAACAAACACAGAGAAAACAUUCGUUCAUACGCUUAUGUUGGGAUUGCUACAUUUAUGGUUCGUUGUUCUUAUGAUUUAUGCCAGACGCCAGUUUAAUAGCAGCUGUUUCUCCACUAUUUGAGUGCUGCUCUGUGUUAACGAUUUGCUCAUAAAGUCUUUGGCAUCUUUCUAAAAGCCCAAGAAUUAGUCUUAGUAAGUCCAAAUAUAUAUAUAUAUAAACUACAGAACAAUAUCUGGACUGGCCUCAUUCACUGUAAACACUUUAACGUGUAUACUAUGCAAAUACUUCGAAUUAUUCAGGACGUUGGUUUUCUUUAAUAUUGAUUAUAUUAUAGGUCAUAGUUCUCCUCAGAGAUCAAAAUCAGAUAACUCAAGUCCCUAAAUAAAUAUACUAUUUAAAUGUGUGUGAGCCAAAGUGUGUUAGCGAUGGAGUGUGUGUGUGGGGUGUGCCUUAUACAGUAAGAGUACCACCUAUAAUAAUCUUCAGUAUAAUCAAGAUGUUUUCGGACCACCCUACAUCGCAGUAAAGAGUGCUGAGCAUGUUGGAUUUUAUGUGACGAACAGACAUGAAAGCCCCGUUCGAACCUGAGAAACUCACCUGAAAUGAACUUGAGUUUGUUGUUUUUGCCGCAGUUCUGUUUUUUGGUUUCGGCUGCGAUCCAGCUGGAGUUUCUCAGUGUUUUUUUUUUUUUUUUCUUCUGGCUGGGAAUAUUCUUGCUAGUAUUUAAGAGGAGAUCUCUGACUUUCUCUGGGUUACGUUUGUAAAUUAAAAACUUUCUUUGAUUGUAUUGUUAGGUUGAUUGCUUGUAUAAUUUGUGAUUUUUUUUUUCUUUUCUUAAAAAAAAACACUUUAAACACUUGCUCUGAGCUAACUGUAUUUUAAAAAAAAAUACUCAGAGGAGUUAAUUUCAUAUUAAAGAAAAAUUAUUUUCGGCUGAAUAGAUGUGUAUUUUUUCUGGCUUGAGUAUAUUUUACAUGGAUAAUAUAUAAUCUGUGUUGUAAGUUGUAAAAAGAUGACACCUGAAAUUUGAAUGUUCUAGAUUUUAUUUUUGGAAAAACAAGAAAACAUUAACAGAUGUCCCAUGUAGCCAUUUCUGUGCAGAAGCAUUUAACAAUAAGCCGAGCCUGAUGCUCGUUUGUUUAUGGUACAGUUCUUACUGUUGUAUCUGCAUGUUGGUGCUGUACGCUAUGAUUUUGUUGUUACACUGAUAUGGUCUAUUAUGUCGAUGCCCAUUAUCUCAGUAUUUAACUCAUCAAUGAAAUGAUUAAAAACUGACACUGUGUCAUUCCCAAUUCUAUUUUUUCUGCCUCACAUUGUAGAGUUAAAUGUCACCUGCAGUAACAUUUCUGUUGUUUUUGGUACUACUGUAAAUCUAACCGUAGGGGACUGAGGGAGGAAAUACGUGAGUAGCCAGCUGCUGUUCAGGAAUAUUUUUAAAAAGCUUUAGGAACAAUAUACAACAAGAGUGUCUGCAGGUUUUGUGAGAGGUAAGACCUGAUACUGUGUGAACUUAGAAUGUAAAGAUAUCAGUAAACAUUGUCCUGAAAUUGCAACUUUGGAGUGAGCAAAAGAUGAUGAUGCACCUUUCACUUAAGUAUGGGGUAAAAAACACAGGUUAUGUUUUACAAAUAUAUAUGGACAUUAUUCCCCCAAACUACACCUUAAGGAAAAAAAAAAGGAAAAUUUGUGUGUAUUGACCAGUACAACCAGCAACUGUCUCAGUCUCUAGUUUGGAUGUUGUAAUGAUUAUUAACUCGUUGAUAUGCCAUUUACUGAUUUUCUGAUAGUGUGCACACUUGCAUGUUCUCAUUACAGAAGAAGUAACUUGCUGAGGUCAGUCUAAUGUGCUAUUGAUGAGUAACUUGGUACAUCUGCACACAAUGUAUGCACUGUGAACUGAAAAUAAAUUAUACUGUUUCAUGCUCAA